CACUAAAUGAAAACAACAUAAGUUUUAAUUCAGUCGAAAUAACAGUUACUUUACCAAGCUAUAUUUGCUAGCCUAUCUAUCGAUUUCUAAACUUAAGACUUUUGACAUGAUGUUUAAUCUUUUUGAUAUGAGAUUUGAUUAGGGUCCUUGUGUGCAUGUCCUUUGUACGGUCCGGUCUGAUCUGAGCACAAUUGGUCAUUUGGUUCAGCGAUUUACACAAGAAUGAAGUUCACUUCCUUUAAAUUAUUCCUUUUGGCUGUUACUAGCAUUGUCGUUUGCUGGGCAGGCAAAAUUCCAGUGUUGGAAAAAAGUUAUCCGUUUUUGAAAGUUGAUCCUCUGACAACCCGAGCGUUAUUGAACAACAAUUUUGAAAGUGACACUGCGGAUCCUUGGUACGACAGUUCACCGAACACUGUCCAUUGGGUUGUCGAAGAUUUCAGUUCUCCGACGGAAAACUAUCCGCCUCCUACUCCAACAACUGGCGCCAAAUAUUUGCGGGCCACUCGCGAUGCCCAAGCGACUCCAGGCCAACUUAUUUUACGCACGGCGACGUUCACGGCAUUUCCCGGAGACGAAAUUUCGUUCAAUUUCUGGAUUAGAUCCAAGUAUACUGGAGGAAACAUCUUAGAGCUCGUAUUGUCUAAUGGUGGUGUUGAAACAAGUUUAGCAGAGUUGUCGGGUUAUUCCACUUCAGUGAAUUUAGAAUGGCGUCCAAUCUCUAUUCCCAUACCGAUUUCAGAACCGACGGAUGUGACGUUCAUAUUUUUCGCUUUCUGUGGGGGAAAUACCGAGGAUGCAAUUGCCAUUGAUGACAUUGUUGUGGAGCCUUCUGGUUCUGGAACAUCAACUUCAAUAACUUCCCCCACAACUACACCGACCACAACUACACCGACCACAACUACACCGACCACAACUACACCGACCACAACUACACCGACCAAAACUACACCGACCACAACUACACCGACCACUACUACACCGACCACAACUACACCGACCACUACAACUACAACAACGACCACUACACCGGCUCCUGAAAUUUGCGGUGGUACUUAUAAUUCUGCUAGUGGCACCGUCACAUCACCAAACUACCCGUCUCCAUACGGUUUCGACGAGGACUGCCGGUACAAAAUCUCGAUCCCGUCUGGUAAUGGCAUCAAGUUGACGUUCACGUACUUCAAUACUGAAAACGGCUAUGACUUUGUCACGGUUUACGACGGACCCACGGCCGCCUCUGCAGUUCUAUUGCGGACGAGUGGUUACAAUGUCAACCUGUCGGUCACUACAUCAACCCGCGAUUGUUUGAUAAUGCACACGUCUGAUUGGAAAAACAGUUUGGCAGGUUGGACGGCAACUUACGCGUCCGUCUGAUCCGGCAUCAACCAAUCGUUGUUUAAAUAAUAUUGACCCUUGUUCUUGUAGAGAUUAUGGACUGCAUGUGACACGAAAGUCUAAUAGUGAACAGCAUUUACUGCAUGGCAA